AACACACGUUCCAAUUCAUCUUAUUUUCGUCAAAAAGAGAAACAGUUUUCCUGGAUUUAAUUUCAUCAUCAAGUCAAAAUAUCGUUAUUGAAGCAGAGGGGAUUCAAAAGCUUCAAAUCGUGCGAUCAUCGACAGAUGAUUUGCCAUUCGAGGCGAUCUUCAGGUUUAGAACGAUCGGCCAUUAAGGGCCAKAARUAGCUUAUCAUUUAGUAGAAGAUUGUUAUUUGACGUGCCUUGGCUUCAAAUGUUCUUGGCGAGAUUUUCUACAUUGUUUGUAAUAAUACAUUACACGGCCUCCUUACCAGUGUCGCCAGUUCCUCCUCUGCUGAAUAAGCUUCUAAAAGAUCAGAAUGUCACACUGGGUUUCAUCUUGAAGGGUCUUCAGGGACCCCCCGGUGCCGCCGGUAUGAACGGUAUGUCGGGUGCUCCUGGUCCAAUGGGUCCYAUGGGACCUAAAGGAAAUGAUGGUCUACCUGGUAUGCCUGGUGCAAUAGGUUUUCCAGGUAACCCUGGUUUACAGGGUCCACCUGGUGCAGACGGUUUUCCAGGUGCUCCUGGUAUGCCCGGUCCUGCUGGUAUGCCCGGUGGCAGCGGUAUGCCUGGUCCACCAGGUCCUCCUGGUCUAGCUGGUCAACCUGGUCCACCCGGUCCAACUCCAAUCAGAUAUAAUGGAACAGUAAAAUGUGAAGAAGAUACCGCAUGGCUCCGAUGUAACGAAUACAAACACAUAAGCAUUAUCUCUGCUUUCUGGGGAAGACGAAAUUUUGGCCUUUGCAAAGAGCACAGCGGUUCUCUAAUGACAAACAAAUACUGUCCAACGACUCAAUUAUUCUUGACGAAAGUAAAAGACGCCUGUGAAGGCACGACGAUGUGCGAACUUAGAUGCACCAAAUUCUUCUUCAACGACCAAUCGUGUAUUGAUACAUACAAAUAUUUGGAGGUAUAUUACAAGUGUAUCGAGGUUAUCAACGGACACGAGGUGGUCAACGAAGACAACUUACUCAACGCUAACUUCUUGGGUUAGAUAAAAAAAACUUUGAAUACUUACUGGGUUUUUACUGUUCCAUUUUAAUUUGGCUGGAAUCAACAACAUGUGGAGUGUACUGCAUAUAAAGGGACUUCCCUCACAUCAAGCAAAUACAUUCUAAUAAGUUUCGAAAGAAAAGAAAUAAGAUGGCACUUUUGCCCAAUGUAAAAUACCAACAAUUCUGUAUAGCUAGAUAGAUUGUUCCUAUUCGUUCUAAUGUAUUUAUCGAAUCAAUACCUUAGAAGUAUACAAUCCAUUUGAAUCGGAGAGAUGAUAAAAUAUACCUCUGUAUAGGGCCCUUGAUGGAAGGUUGUCGUAUUGUAAAAUUAGCGUUAAAUUGCUGACCGUAUAUCUGUUGUAUCAAUGAAGGUGAUUAGCCGCUUUGGGAGGAUGAAUUAAACGAGUAUUAGAUUCUGUAUUAUACAGAGAAAAUUUGUUAUAAUGUAGCCCUCCGUUGUAUAUGUAAAUAAACCGGUUAAUUAAUGACAUGGUAUGACCGAAGCCACGCCAGUCACGUGGUAUUCUUGUAAUUCCUCAAUUGUACUCGACAUGGCUUUGUAGAAGUGCGUACUGCGCAUGCGACGUUGUUCUAUUUUUAUUUGUUUAAGUCUCGUUAUACGGGAUGUGAAACUAAAUAAACUGUUCACAAAAUU